UUGUGUUAUUCGCCAUGGAUUACAAGUUGGUCAAGACAUCCAAACUCAAGCUCAAAGGAAUCGACCUGAGCAAGCCAAAGAAGAACAAGAGCGCCAGCUCGAGCGGGCGCGCAACGACGACCAGCGACGACGGCGCAGCUCCGUCCACGAGUGCCUCUGGCUCGGGUUCAGGCUCCGGUGCAAGGUCGUCCAACAAGGGAUCGACGGACAUUGGUCUCGAAGCGAGUAGUGCAGGCGCAGGGAGCACGACACGACAUGGAAAAUGGUGGGCCGUGCCCGUUGCGGAAAACUUGCGAGGCGAUGUCUUGAUUGAAGCGGGCGACAGUGGCAAGUACAUCCUGGCUGCUGACAACGGCUCGCUGACUACUGGACCUCUCUAUGAUGACGAAGAUCCGGAAGCACCGUCCCCCGCAGAAAUCUUCACUGUGGUCCAGCCGGAGCCAAACACUGUCGCAUUCCGAAGCCCGUACGAGCGCUUCUUGACGGCAACGACGGAAGGGCAGGCUGUUGCUCAGACCAAGGCUGUUGGGCCUCGCGAAAUCUGGCAGCUCGUCUCACUGGACGACGAGGAGUGCUGCUUUGGCAUCCAAAGCCUCCAUACCAACAAGUUUCUUUCUGCGACGCCGAGCGGAGCCAUUUUUGCCAACAGUGAGGAACUCGGUCCUUCCGAGCGAUUCUUCUUGCGGUCCAACCGGCCGCGACGAGAAACUCGGCUUGACACUGCGGCAGUCCUACGAGCUGAUCAAGAACGAAGUGUCUUCAAUUCGAUCACUGCAGACGACACUGAUGGGCUCGUUAACUUGGCAAACAGCAUUUCACGGAAGUAUCAGGCAGUCAGCAACCAAACGGCCGCCAAACACAAACUCGACGCGGAUCAAGUUCGGGUGCUCAAAAAGGCGCGACUCGACGGCACAGUGCAUGAGGCACUCCUCGAUCGACGAGCUCAACUCAAAGGCGACAAGUAUUGCAAAUGAGUACUCGAGCCCGUGUGUCUGCUUUGAACGCGUGGCAUCUUGUGAAUUUGUCGCGCUCUGCUCAGACUGCCAUUUUCAAACAGCAGAUUAUGUUCUCGCAAGAGUAGUAGAAGUACAUUUUCAUUGAUACAGUA